GUCGAUCUGAACGGCGGAGGACGCGCUCACCUCGAGCCCCGAACCCCAUACGCAAUGGCGAUGUCGGCGCAGGUCGCCGCCGUCGCCGCCCCGCGUCUCUUCCUCCCUCCCUCGCGCCGGCUUAAUCCGAGUCCGGCGCCUCCUCUCCUCCGCUCCGGCUCCAGCUCCCUCCGGUGGACGCGGCGGGCGAGCGUGAGGGUCCGCGCGGGCGCCGGCGGCGGAGGCGAGCGGAGGAGGGAGUCACCGUACGAGGUGCUCGGCGUGACGCCGUCGGCGUCGCCGGCCGAGAUCAAGCGCGCGUACCGGCGCCUGGCGCUCAAGUACCACCCGGACGUCAACAAGGAGGCGAAUGCUCAUCAGAAGUUUGUGAGGAUCAAGCACGCCUACAACACGCUGAUGAACUCCGAGAGCCGGCCCAAGCACGCCGAGGAAGAAGAGGAGUUCGAUUGGCUCGCGGUUAUCAUUGAACAGAUGGAAGCAUAUCACUAUCAGGACUCGGACGAUGACCUGGACUUCGAGUGGAAACCUGAAGGGUGGGAACAAGUGUUUGUGUAUUCUCUACUGAUAGCCAUUCUUAUAUACGUUCUCACAUAGUGCACUUACUGAUGUUGUUAUAUACUUGGAUGUUCCCACACUUGUAAUGGUAUGUGCAUUUGCAUUUCGAAAGCAAAUCUUAGACAAUGCACACAUAUAGGAGGAGCUCAAUUUUUACGUCAA